CACUUCCAGGAAAAUCCAGGGAACAGUGUGAAUGGCUCCAACGGGAGGUGCCCUCCCCUCUAGCUCAGAACUAAUGCAGGUCCCUGGGGCGGGUACAGCUCGUGCACAGGGGCGGGUGGUGGGUGCCCAGAGCACAUGAUCUGGAGCACUACUCCUUUCGGCCAUUGAUUUUGGACAAGGGAGCAAGCCAGCCCAAAGGGGCUGUGGAAAUAAAGUAGAGGGCUCUUCCCUUGUGCAGCAUUAGUUUAUAUGUAGCUGUGUGUCACACAGGUGAAGUAGGAUGAGUCGAUCAAUAACACAGAGUUUCUUUAACCCCUAGUGAGCAGGAAAGGGGCAUGGGGUGUACAGGCCUCUUUUCUCUUUGGUAGUUGGGGUAUUGCUGGUGUGUAACCAAAUUUGGCCUUUUAAACUGUAUGGAAAUCAUCAGUUUCGACCGUCCCCUCCCCCCGACCUGCCAAAGCUUUGCAAGGGUGCUUUUGCAUCUUGUCAGAUGUUUGAUGUUUCAUGUUUGGCCAUCAGCCUAAAUUGUUGCCAGCAGCACUUGGAAGGCUGGCAGUAUUCCAUCCUUUAAAGAAGGUUUUCACAGGUUGAGUGUUGCUUUGUAUGCCAGUCUCAAGCGACAUAUUCAGGAUUUUGUUUAUAAAUUAUAUCUACGGUUGAUUGAAGAUCAGAAAUAAAUUUCCUUUGUGAAAGAAAGGAAAGUUGUCUACAAAGCCUACUGUCCAACCUUGCAUACCCAACCUUAAUUGUAAUCUGCUGUCACACACUCUCGCCCUUGCUGUAUCUGUGCAUGUAGGUACCAGUGAUUAAAACAAUGCUUAUGUGAAAUAUAAACCCAGCCAAUUUAGUGUGUGAAUCUGUGAAGCUCUGUAAGGGUCAUGUUGCUGAUUCGGUGAUCCUCAUGACAAACUGUAAUUAAGUGCCCUGGUUUGUUCAGUUGUUUAUUUAGUACGUGUAAAUCUGGUCUGUACAUACAUAGAAAGUAUUUUUGGUUUAUAUCAGGAGGGUACAUUGACAUCUAUCUGAUGCUAGACUGGUGAAUAGGAAGAAGGUCCCGUCACUGGCCUGUUUGUGGAAGCUGAGAUGAUGAAGGCACGUCAGUGGGAACAUGCUGUGGUGCAGGGUUGAAGCUCCAUCCCGUAUGUGAUAGUUAUAGAGCAAUUGGAAGGGUUACGUGCAGAGUGCUGGUAAACUAGGAUGGAAGAAUCUCACUUCAACUCCUCUCCGUACUUCUGGCCAACUGUGCCCACAGUCUCAGGACAGAUUGAAAACACCAUGUUCAUUAACAAGAUGAAGGAACAACUAUUGCCCACAGAGAAGGGCUGCAGCCUGGCUCCCCCCCACUACCCAACCCUGCUGACAGUGCCCACAUCUGUAGCCCUUUCCACUGGCAUCUCCAUGGACUCUGACACCAAGCCAGAGCAGCUGACCCCACACAGCCAGGCCCCCGUGACUCAGAACAUCACUGUGGUACCAGUACAGUCUGCUGGGCUCAUGACAGCAGGUCCUGGUCUGGUGAUCACCUCUCCCUCGGGUUCCCUGGUGACCACAGCCGCCUCUGCCCAAACCUUCCCCAUCUCGGCUCCUAUGAUUGUCUCCGCACUGCCUCAUGGCUCCCAGGCUGCCCUCCAGGUGGUACCUGAUCUGUCCAAGAAAGGGACUGCUGCCCUCUCUGAAGGGAGUGGGGGUGGAGGGGGUGGGGGAGUUGCCCCCAAACCUCCUCGGGGUCGCAAGAAGAAGCGAUUGCAGGAGUCGGGGCUGCCAGAGAUGAGUGACCCAUUCGUGCUAUCAAACGAGGACGAUGAGGACCAGCACAAAGAUGGCAAGACAUACAGGUGCCGGAUGUGUUCGCUGACCUUCUACUCCAAGUCGGAGAUGCAGAUCCACUCCAAGUCCCAUACGGAGACAAAGCCACACAAGUGUCCUCACUGCUCCAAGAGCUUCGCCAACAGCUCCUACCUGGCCCAGCACAUUCGUAUCCACUCAGGGGCCAAGCCCUACACGUGCAGCUACUGCCAGAAGGCCUUCCGCCAGCUCUCCCACCUGCAGCAGCACACACGGAUCCACUCCAAGCUUCACACAGCGAUUGUCAAGCCGCACAAGUGUCCUCACUGCUCCAAGAGUUUCGCCAACACCUCCUACCUGGCCCAGCACCUCCGCAUCCACUCGGGGGCCAAGCCCUACAGCUGCCGCUACUGCCAGAAGGCCUUCCGCCAGCUCUCCCAUCUGCAGCAGCACACACGCAUCCACACCGGGGACCGACCUUACAAAUGUGCUCACCCUGGGUGUGAAAAGGCUUUCACCCAGCUCUCCAACCUGCAGUCCCACAGACGGCAGCACAACAAAGACAAGCCUUUUAAGUGCCACAACUGCCACCGUGCGUACACAGACGCUGCCUCCCUGGAGGUUCACCUGGCAACGCACACGGUGAAGCAUGCCAAGGUCUACACCUGCUCCAUUUGCAGCCGGGCCUACACCUCGGAGACCUACCUGAUGAAGCACAUGCGGAAACACAAUAUCCCUGACCCACAGCAGCAAGUGGCUCAGGCCCAAGCCCAAGCCUCUCAACAGCAGCAGCAGCACUUCCAGCCGCAAGGUGGUGGGGCAGCAGGGGGCCCCUCUGGAGACACUAAUCCCCCUAACCCUCCCCCACAGUGUUCCUUUGACCUGACUCCUUACAAGACUUCAGAGCACCACAAGGACAUCUGCCUCACUGUCAGCACCAGCACCAUCCAGGUGGAGCAUCUCUCCAGCUCCUAGAGACCAUGACCCCAGGAGCAGAAAACCUCUCAUGCAUAGCCUGUGCCCAGGGGCACUGCUUGUGCAAUGGUCCCUCCUUGUGCAACAGCCUCUGGCCUCUCCUGUAACAGCCUCUCCUGGCCAUAUACCCUGUCAGUGGCAACCCCUUAAGUGACAUCCUGUCUCCAGAGGCAUCCUUUUGUGCAGCAGCCUGCCUGAUAGUGGGGUGCUGCCUUGUGUAAGAGCCCCACUCCAGUGUUGGGAUCGCUUCCUUGUGCAAGAGCCCUACAUUCUACACACAAAGCAAAGCUCCCUUUUGGCCUUCUCUAUAAUUGUAAAAUUAUAUGUGCAGGCUAUGGGGGGUGCCCCCUGGGACACGCAGGGUAGAUAAGAUGGAAAGAGUGUCAGUGUACAUCGGGGCUCGGACACAUGCUGGUGGCAGACCACAGAAGGGUCUGACAGCUGGAGGUUUUUUCUUUGAGGAUUUCCUUGUGUGUCUAAAGGAGAAUAUUCACUCUCCUCUCCUGCUUGUGAAGGGGAGGAUGGGGGGUCACUUGUCCUGCCAUAGGGCCCAGGAUGGGAGAAAUCCCCCUGCUCCCUAGAUGAAGACAAGAACUUUGUGGGAGAGAAGUGAGGGGUGUUCCCAAGGUGCCUAAGCUGCUGAGGGGUACAGAGGCCUGUAAUCUCUCCUUAUCAAUGGAGAGUAAGAGGAGUCUCUGUGAACUACUUGCUCCCUCUCCCUCCCAGCUGUAGGAGGAAGGUGGUGGAGGAGACCCCCACAAAGAUACAAGAGAAUGGGGUCCAGCUCAUUGCUCUGCCUGACAUUUGUGGAUGAUGCAAUAGUAGCUUGAUUUUUUUCCACCCCCUAAGAAGUCUGCAGGCAUCAACAGCAAACCAAAAAGCAGUUGGAGAUGAGGGUAAGAGACUGCCACAAUGAUCAUUGUUUCCCUCUCCUUAAUCCCUCUUCCAGGAAGACGUGGCAGCAGUUCUAACUCUCAAGCACCCAUCUUUCCCCUCCCCCCCUUCCCUUCCCCCCAGUUCAGUAAUCUGCCUUCUGGUUCCCAAAGCAGGGUGGGGGGAAGUGGCACAGAUCUAAGGAGCCAGCAUGAGGCAGGGAAAGGCUAGCUUCUGCUCAUAUGUUAUCAUGGGCACUCCUAGGCUCCUUGCCAAGACAGGUUGGACUCACAUGGCAGUGGUGGCAUUUUAGAUGGAGAAAAUCAGAUUCCCCAGAAGGUUGACAGUGGAAAGGGGACAGAUACCCCACAAGGAGAGACCAAUCCAAUGAGAUGGGGGAGCCACCAGGAAUAAACUGAAGGCCCCUUGAAUUUAUAUAUAUAUAUAUAAAAAUAUAAAUAUAUAUAUAAAUAUCUAUUCCCCAAUCCUGGACCGCUCUGUCCUUGCUGUAACUGUUUCUAUCUCUGUGUUUAUAAAAAUGCAUUAUCCUGGAAAAAAAAAAUUUCAAUCUUUGUUCUUCCCUCUUUCUCUCUUUGUCUCCAGCUUCCCCCUCCCCCCUGACCAUCCCCUUCCCCCUCUUUUUUUUUUUUUUGGUUUUGGUCCAUGUGAUUUAUGGUUUUUCGUGUCAUUUUUUUAUUUAUCUGGCUUUCAAUUUGGAUUGCUAGAUCAUGGAGGCUGGUUCAGAAGAAAGAAACAAAGGCAAAGAAAAAUUGUUCGAUGUUGGGAUUUAAAACGAAACUCCAGGAUUCCAAACUUCUGUAUGAAAGAGGGCUUUUUAAAAAAUAUUGUAUAGAAAUAAAUUUGUGUAAAAGGCUCCUUGGGGCAUGGUGGUGCUCAUGUGCGCAUGAAUUGUGAGCACCUGCCCCAAUGCACAAGGUAAGAAUGUGUGAGAAUUGUGUGUUCCUUCCCUGUGCACCAUAGCAUGUGAGAGCAGUAUGUCAUGUAACUGAAUCCAGAGCAGUUGUGCGAAUGCUAGAAUAGUGCAGCCCUACCUUUGUCAACAGUGGGACAUGAGCAGCAGCUCCACAGAGAAAAUUUGUGCACUUGUCUUUUGCACCAGAUGCAAGUGGGCUGGAGGUAAGGAUUGUUUACAUGCAUCUGUGACCCAGGCACUGCAGUGAAUAGUGGUGCUGUUUCAUGGAGUCAUAAUUUAGGGCCAGAGGGGGCCACCAGAUCAUCUAGUCUGACCUCAGGUAUAUUUUAGGACAUUCAUUUUCACCCAGGUUUUUUUUCUCAUAGAAACCAUUAAGUUGUUUAGCAAAAACAUAUCUUUCAAGAACACAUCCAGUCUCUGACAAGAUGGGGAACCCACCAUUUCCGUUGGUAGUUUGUUUUAAUGGUUAAUCACCAUCAUAGUUAAAAGUUGCAGCUAACUUUUAAUUUAAACUAGUCUGGCUUCAAUUUCCAGCUACAGGUUUUUAUUACAUGUUUUCCAUUAAAUUAAAAUGUGCUUACUACCCAGUGUGUCCCCUUCCUCCACCCCAUCUCCCCCAAAGUACUUAACCACCAUUAUUAAAUUUCUCCAUUUACUUUUUGAUAAGAUAAACAGAUUGAGCCCCCAAGUCUCUCACUGCUAACUAGUUCCUCCAGCCCUUGCAUUAUCUUUGUGGUUCUUUCUACAUCGUGUCCAUUUUUUUUGUCAGCAUUUUUUAAAUGUGGAUGCCAGAACUGGAGUCAGUAUUUAAUCACCAAUGAUGUAGAAGGGUGAUUUCCCCUCUGCAUACGCAUUAGUCCUCCAAGAUUCACAACAGCAUUGCACAUGGCAAACUCAAUGUUGAGUUGCUUUCCACAAUUAUCCCUAAAUCUUCAAAGUUGCUUGUUUUCAUGAGCUGGUUCUCCCAUUUUGUAGCUGUGGCCUUUACUCUUUGUUCUUAGUUAUGCAGUUUUUGCAUUUGGCUGUAUUAAAACGCUCUUUGUUUAAAUGGGCUUAGGUUUGCCAAAUGGUUUGGAUCACCAUAUGAUUGCCCUAUCUUUAUGCCCUCCAGAUUUUAUCAACAGUGGUUUUAUACUUCUAGAUCAAUUAAGGAAAUCUUGUAUUACAUCUCUCCCUUGUGCUGGUCCCUCUGAAGCCCUGCUGGAAACAGCCCCACCCCCCAUGCUGAUUCUCCAUUAACUGAGAUCUGUCAGCCUGUUCUUGAUCCAUUUAUUGUAUGCUCUAUAUUGUAUAGUGGGGAAAAAGAAUUGAUGUUGUAUGGUACCAAGUCAAAUGCCUUACAAAAGUCUAUUACAUCUAUGCAGUCAGCUUUAAAAAAAAAAAAAAAAAAAGAUAAUCUCAUCCAGGAAUGGGAUUAGAUAUUUUGGCAAAACCUUUUUUUCCAUAAAACAACGUUGACUAGUUUGGAUCAGAGAUUUAUAUUCCUGUACUUUAAUCCUUUACCAGUUAAAUCUUUUAUCAAUUUUUCUGUUGUUUUGUCUGGGAUUCCUGUCAGGCUAACCAGCCUUAUUAUACCUCGAGUAUCCUGCUGGUCCUUUUUAAAUACUGGCACAACAUUAGCGCUUUUCUGGUCUUACAAAAUUCUGCUGGUAUUCCAAGAUGUAUUAAAAGUGAAUAUUGACUGGCCAGAGUUCUACUUAUUCAACCAUUAGUAUUCUUGGGUGCAAGAUAUUCAUGCCUCCAGACUUAAAAAUGUUAUCUGAUAGUUGUUGUCUAAUAUCCUUCUUCAUUAUUACUGGACUGGAAAGAAUGCCAUCCUCAUAAUUAGAAUAUCAUCCAAUGUCUUUCUGAAUUUAGAAGUAUUUGUUGACUGCUUCUGCCUCCUGCAUUGUUGGCCUUUGUACUAUCUGUCAGUGGACUGGUAUUAUUGCCAGGGUUUAUUUUGUUCCGAAUAUACUUUGAGAGAAAAACAAGACCAAAAAUACAACCUCCUUAGUCCUGCCAUCCUGGGCUUGUCUUCUGAUGACUUCAGCUUCCCAUCUUAACUUUUUGCACUUUUCAUAAUUCUAAAUUUUUAUAUUAAUCAAUAUCUGGUUUUUCAUUUUUCUAUUAUGUUUUUGUUUCUAAUUGCUAUCAUGACUUAGUCAGUGAACCAAGGUGAACUUUUACCUAAGGUUUCCUUCCCUCUUUCUUGGUUGGGGAUAUCAUAGGUUUUGUGGCUGCGUAAUAAACUGUUCUUGAACUCAGUGUUCAUUUAGA